UGUACACCUGAGGAAAGCCGCUCCUUUCUCAGUACACUCCAGGAGACGAGGCAGAAAAAUAGAGCUGAACCUCUAACGUCUUUAAUAUUUAGCAGCAAAUGCUACAUUGAUUUUGGCUUUGUUUAGAAGGAUUCGGGAGGUUAGGGAGUUAACUUGUUUUUUUGUUUUGUUUUGUUUUGUUCUUAGUAGGUUUCAAUAUUUCAUUGCUGUUGUUUAUUAUUUUUAACUUUCAAACUUGUAACUUGGCUGCAGCACUGUGGGAUUUUAAUAUUUUGGUGACCGGCAUACCCGAUGAAGAUGUGGUCUAUGAGAGUCAUCAUCCUCCUCCUGUUCUGCUAUUCUUGCCUGUCGACAGACAAUCAGAAUCAGAAAGUAUAUUUUAAAUCCAUGAACUUCAACAACGUUCUCCACUGGGUUCCAGUUGAGCCAACCUUCCCUGGCCAAAAGGUCCUCUAUAGUGUCAAGUACUGGAGUGAUGCCAAAGAAGACCAACCAUAUCAGAUGAAAGUGGAUUGUCAGAACAUAACUGCUCUGUCCUGUGACCUGACUGCCGAGACCCCAUCAGUUUAUGAUGUUCACUACCGGGCUCAGGUCUGUGUUAACGGCAGUGUUCAUGGUCGCACCACCAGUUUUAAACCUCUAGCACGCACUACACUUGGUCCACCAAGCCUGUCCAUUUAUACAACGGCGUCAUCCUUGCAUGUUGAAGUCUCCCUGCCCUUGGGACCCAAUGGAGUCUCUGUCGCAGACAUCAUCACCAGAAACAAAACAUGGCCAUCUGGCUCUGCUAUUUCUUAUGUCAUAAACAUCACCAGUCCAAAGUGGGCUGCAAAGGUCAAUCAAUCCAGUACUGGACGCUUCGUCAUCAACUUGAAGAACAACCAAACAAAGUACUGUGGCUAUGUAGUCUACAUGCCUUCUGCAGAAUGGGGUCGUUCAAAGAGUGAAAACGCCUCCUUCUGUACCAAACUGCAAAGUAAUCAUCUGAAGAUUUUGCCAUGGUUGCUUGUGAGUGCUGCUCUUCUACUAGCUGUGGUCAUCAUUUCCAUUGUGUCUAUUUGCUACUACAUGAGGGGUGGAAAGGAAAAGAAAAUGCCAAAGCCAUUGGAGACCCCUUUUAACACCCAACAUAGAACAAUGGACAUUCUAGAUGGGAAUCGCCACAUUUCUAAAGUAAACUUCAACAGUCAAGGUGAACCAACAGUUUAUGCAACCAUACAAGUGAAGCCAAAUCUGUCAGCAGUUGAAGCAGGAGGUUAUUCUCCCCAAGACACCUGGCAAGACAGAGACAACUCCUCUGAGGGCACAGGUGCACAAAGCCCAACCUCAAAUCAAGAGGACACAAGUGCCCAGUCCUCAGAAAUUUACAGUGUUGUGGCAGUCCAUGUCCCUGCUGAAGAGAAUCAAGAUGGUCAGCAGGGUGCCACUAAAGAAAGACAAACUGGGAACUUACCAUUUCCUUCCAGCAGAGCAGACUGGGAAAAAGGUGGAAAUGAUCCAGAGCUUACCACACCUGAGCUGGACUCCAUUGAGAGCAAUGCAGCCAUGCCACUGCUGUUGCAUACAGUUCGGGAUUCUAACGGACAACUAAUGUUGCCUUCUCUCGCUUUCCAGAGCACCACUGCUGGCGGGGAAAUAAAACCCCUUUUAUCUGACCUCAUAGACGCCAAUAAAGAGGGGCCAUUGUUGGCUUCCUUUCAGAGCUUCGACAGCUCAGAGUGGUCUGACUCAGGGUGUGGUGAUAGCACUGUAAACACACCAACCCAUCCGUACUGUAACACCACCAAUUACUGCCCAUCUCAGCCAGUUGUUUCUUACUUGCAACAGGGAUGUCAGAACACACCAUCUGGUGAUGCAACAUUUGAAUCAGGUUACAAACAAAACUGGAUGCCAACAACCCUUCUUGGGAUUUUAUCCAAAGACAGUUGUGGAUACAGAAGGACGGAGAAGCUUUGGCCAUGGGCUGGUUCUACAACGGAGGAGGAAGAGAGAGAAGAUGAGGAAACAAGAGAAAUUCAUCUUGGAGCUUGGGGAAUACGAAUUCAAGAAUAACUUACAUUUAAUGACCUUUAACAUGCUUUCAUUCAACUGGGUCCUCAAGUGAGAAUAUGAAUGUUUCAUUGCAGAAACUUUUUCAAAGAAAAGGUUGAGGAGGAAGUUAAUGGGGGCAGCUGGUUUGGUGACAUUAUAGAUCUCCUGCAGAUGAAUGACUUUUCUGUCUGCUAGGUGACUGAAGAUGCAGAGACUGUUAAAACUGUCUUUUAACCUGAGAAUUGAUUUUCUAUGUCUUACAUGUAAUUUAACAAUCAACAAACAAUAACAAGCUUUGAGCUUAUUUAAUUCAAAAUGGGAUGUACUUGGCUUAGCUGAAAAUGUUGUUUUAUUUAUAAACCCACCGUUGAAUAGUGUCAGUGAUGAAGUGCAGGGUAUACUCUGGUAUAUGGUGUGUACCCACUUAUUUUUCAAUCUUCAUUGCGUAUACCCACGUCUCAAUUUCUCCUGAUGUGUGUUCCAUAUUUUUCCAUAGUUGUCUAAGGCAUGACCAGCCCAACUCUGUCUCCAAUUGGCUAGCCCUAUUUGUAGCAUUUAUUGGUUGGUUGGGUAAGAAUAUCAUGGUAAGCCAAUUAAAGGCAGAGUAGUGCAUGCCAUACUUUUGUUGAAAAGAAACCUUAAUUCAGCACAAUAACUAACCAGUAGAGUUGGGAGGCGUGACUCUACCUGAUUUGAUUGCUUUCAGUGGGCUCGCACAACAUGGCAAAGAAAAUGUCACCUGUGGUCUACAUGCCUGCCCUGUUAGAAAGCAAAUGGAAACCAAGGGUAGUCUGAGUCUAACCAUGCAAUUGCACGGGUUUGACAGCGAACUGGGAUGAGGCUUAUUAGGCACAGCUACCUCUGUGAAAAUAGUUGCACACGUGUUCAUAUAGCAUCAACGUGAAUAAUUCCAGGAUGUAAAGGCUGUCCCUGUCCUCUCUACUAGAUGAGCAUCUCAGCUAGAAUGUGUAGUUCAGCCUACGCUACACAUGCACUGUAGGAUUCAGACUGAAAGAGUGUAUUACUAAACGCCCAUCUUUUAAAUAUGCAAGAGAAUACACACUUAUCCCUGUUUAUAACAGAGGCCCUUCAUCUUUUGCUGGACGGGAAACUUGAAUAAAAUAAAAAAAACAUUUGGGGCAUAAUUAAGAGUAUAACCACUUCUCCAGGCACCACUACACCACUAAAAAAUGUUAAUAAUAAGUGGUGAUGAUUAGACUCUACUUUUAAAGAUAUAAUUUAAUGUAUAUGUUUUCAGUCCUUGUUUACAUUUCAAGAUAUUAUUUAACUAAAAAAACACCUCUUUACAUUAAUAUUUAUUUAAAACUUUGCUGAAUUGUGAGAGGCUGAUUGCAAAGUCUUUUAUUACUUUUAUAAUUUCUUAUGGAUUUAAACAUUAAUGUCGUCCGUUUAUGGUUCUGAUUUUUUACAUUUGAUUGUAUUUUUUUAACUAGUACAUGACAUUGAAAGUGUCAAACAUUACCUGAAAUCAAUGUGUUUUUGUUGUUGUAACAAUAGUCUAAAGUUGUGUUAUGUUGUAACGUAAGCUGUUCGAACUUGGUUUGAUUUUAAACCUAUCUGAGACCUCAGAGUUUAGAGUUGAAUUUUACUUAGCUGACUUUUUGAAAAAUGAAGAAUGACAUAUGAAGCUUCAGGUAGAAAGAUGCUUCUUGCUUACCCAAAAUGAAAACGCAGUCAGCGUCAGCUUUAUGGAUUAGAUGCGAUUCUAUUUGAAAAUAAACUCAAUGAUGCAGCUCAGCACCUUUAACACGUUGUUUUUUUACACGCCAGGAUAAAAUGGCCGAUAAUAAAAAAAGGAACAUUCCUUUUUCCAUACUGUCUAAGAUAUCUUGGUGUUAUAUGUGUUGUAAGGAAUACAUAUGAUUGACUGAAUAUGUACAUAUAGCAGGAUGUUUAAUAUUUCUCUGAACCACAGGGGUCAUGAACUCAUUUGUUUCUUCUCAUCGUUUGCUGUUCUUACCAGGGGAAGAAACUAUACAGUGUGGAAAUAUAUAUUAGAAGGUGGGGUCAUGUUUCACCCUCAGCCACACUGAUAUAAGCCGGGUUUUUAAUAGUCUCAGGACGACCUUUUAUGGUCGGUUGUAAAGUUAUAACGUCAGGUGUAUUGAAACAAAGCAAUGUGAAUGACAUAUGGACACAUUGUAAAGCAUUGUGAAGAAGUGUUGUGUUCAUCUCUGUGGUUUACAAAGUGUCUGCAGAGUGAAUGUAAAUGGUAAUGUACAUAAUAAACUUUCAGAACUAUG